AAGAGUUCCUUGGGUAUGGCGGCGGCUGUGCUGUUGAGGGUUUAUGGUGUUUCUGGGUUCGGAUGCUUGAAAUUGACGUAUCGUCGUCCCCGUGGUGUAUGCUGUCGAAAUAUUUCACAUGCCAAUCUUUACAAGAAGCCGAAAACUUUGGUGUUUAAUGGAACAUCAUUGCUAUAUAACCCUCUUACGUCAGCACGAGUAAGUUACUAAGUUAAAGAAGUUGUAUAUCAAUUUUUACGCGUUUCAAACGAUGUGCCCGUAUAACGUUUUGCUUAAUGACAGACUGAAACGACCAUUAUCCGAUUUUGGACUGUCUUGAGGUGUGUCAGUGUGUUUUGAAGUUGUAAGAUGGGCCGGACACGCAGAAGCAGACGAAGAAGAAAGAUUGCCGGUAGAUGCUCAAGAAUAGACUAUCAGCAAGAGUUGAGGACCCUUGGCAAGUGGCUUAGAAGCCAGGGAUGGAACCCAAAUUGUAAAUUAAGAGUGGCUGAUUUCGACAUUACAGGAAGAGGACUUAUGGCUCUGGCUGAUAUAAAGAGUGGCGACAAAAUUAUGAGCAUUCCGUGUGACAUACUGUUGACAACAAACACAGUGAAUUUGUCUGAUGUGGGUUGUUUAUUUCAUGAAACUGAUAACAUGUUUUACGCGCAAGAGGUCUUAGCGACCUUCGUUCUUUGGGAACGUCAUUUGGGGUAUCAUUCUAAAUGGUUCCCAUAUCUAGAUACUUUACCACCAAGUUUUUCAACUCCAGUUUUUUGUGCAGAUGAUGAAAUAAAACUGUUACACAAUCACCUAUUGGAUGCAGUAGUCUCACAAAAACAAGAAGUCAAGGAUUCAUUUCAUAGAAUUAGUGAUUUAAUUUCUAUGAGAAAGACAUGCACAUAUUGUGGGAGUAAUAAAUUUUUUGACAGAAUGGAAACCUUUUUUACUAUAGAAGCAUUUAUGUGGGCCUGGUAUGUCGUCAACACACGCAGUAUAUUUUACCCGGUCCCUUUGGCGACAUCUCGACCUUCAAUUAAAAUUAAAGAUAAAAAUUGUAUGGCAUUGGCACCAUUUUUGGACCUAUUUAAUCAUUCAUAUGAUGCAGUUGUUGAUAUUGACAUGAGCCAGAACAGUUAUGAUAUUAUUAGUAGAUCAUGCUAUUCAAAAUAUUCUCAGGUUUUCAUUAAUUAUGGUCCCCAUUCAAACAUGAAAUUGUUUUUAGAGUAUGGUUUUAUAAUUCCUUGCAAUCCACAUGACUCUGUUGAUUUGACAUUAGAAGACCUUGUGGAUGCUGUAAAGACAACUAAAGGCAUAGAAUGCAGUUGCUCUGGAGCAAAAUAUGAUUACCUACUUUCUCACAAAUUAUUGGAAAACAUAUUUUUAUGCUCUGAAGGAUUAUCAUUUAAUGCUAGAGCUGCCAUAUACAUUUUGAUUUCACCCGAAGCCAGUAGAUUGGGAUAUAAAAGUGUGUACUCUUCUGAAUUCUCAAAAGAGGAAAUGUAUAUGUUGUGCAUGACUGGCAAAAAGUUGGUGUCAAUGAAACGUGUGGAAUACCAAACUAUAUUUGGCAGGAUGAUUAGAAAAGAAACCAACCAGUGUACUUCAAGUUUUCAGGUUGCAAAAGACUUAGUUACAGAAUACUUGACUGUUUUGGACAAGUGUGAAGUUUCCUUAAGUGAAAUGUGCCAAGAUUGAUAUGUGAAAUGAUUGUUCUAAGACAGCCUUGUUUGCUGCUUUCACACAAAUCUGAAAUGGAAACACGUGGUUUAUCACGGCCGCCAACAACGGGUAAACCAUCUCCUGCAGACAAACCACCAGUUCGACAAUGUUUCCACCCUGGUACUGCGUCUCUUGCAAGGGAGGGGGAGCAGUUGGUCAAAGGUGGCCGGAAGAUCACUGCUGUAGAAAUGCUGAGUGCUAUGGGAGCGUACAUCUGGCCAAAGGAGGAUGCCGCUAUUCGCAAGCGAGUGCUUGUAGCAUUGGGCCUACUAGCUGGAGCCAAGCUGCUCAAUGUAUUUGUUCCCUUCACAUUCAAGUGGGCUGUGGAUGAACUGAAUGCCACAGCUGCUGAGCCUGCGCUGAGUCUUGCAUCGGCAGAGAGUACCGUCCUCACAUAUGUCACUGCUCUCCUCAUUGGAUAUGGUAUUGCAAGGGCAGGAGCAGCUGGAUUCAGUGAAUUGCGUAAUGCUGUCUUUGCAAAAGUGGCCCAGCAUUCAAUACGCAAAUUGGCACGCAAUGUAUUCCUGCAUCUACAUCGUCUUGACCUUUCAUUCCACCUUAGCCGCCAGACAGGUGCAUUGUCAAAGACAAUAGACAGAGGUAGCCGUGGCAUCAAUUUUGUUCUCUCUGCCAUGGUGUUCAACGUGGUUCCCACAGUAUUUGAGCUGGCCCUUGUGAGCACUAUACUGGGAUCUCGGUAUGGUUCCGAAUUUGCUGCUGUUUCCUUGGGCUGUGUUGCUACAUAUGCUGCUUUCACACUUGCAAUCACACAGUGGCGUACAAAGUUCCGUGUUCAGAUGAACAGGGCAGAAAAUGAAGCAGGAAACAAGGCUAUUGAUUCAUUAAUUAACUAUGAAACUGUUAAGUAUUUCAACAAUGAGCAGUAUGAGGCAGACAGAUAUGAUCGGGUACUGAAAGACUAUGAGCAGGCCUCACUGAAGACAAGUACCAGUCUUGCUUUGCUUAAUUUUGGCCAAAAUGCUAUUUUUAGUGGUGCUUUAAGUCUUAUAAUGGUGAUGGCUGCCAAGCAAAUUGCUGCAGGGCAAAUGACUGUUGGUGACCUUGUAGUAGUGAAUGGUCUACUCUUUCAGUUGUCUGUGCCAUUGGGCUUCUUGGGAUCUGUAUACCGUGAAGUGCGCCAAGCUCUCAUAGACAUGCAGACAAUGUUCACUCUUAUGACAGUUGAUUCCAGUAUCAAGACAAAACCUGGGGCUCCAGUGUUGUCACUUACCCCAUCAACGGCAACUAUUGAUUUCAGAGAUGUACAUUUUUCAUAUGGACCUGGCAAAAGUGUUCUCAAUGGACUCUCAUUCUCCAUUCCUGCUGGUAGCAAAGUUGCUAUUGUUGGUGGUUCUGGUACUGGAAAGUCCUCUAUUGUAAGGUUGCUCUACAGAUUCUUUGAGCCACAAAAUGGGCAGAUUUUGGUGGGAGGACAGGACAUCCGUGAUGUUGAUCUGGACAGUCUGCGAAAGUCCAUUGCUAUUGUACCACAGGACUCUGUGUUGUUUCAUGAUACAAUCAUGUACAAUGUUCAUUACGGAAACCUCAACAAAUCAGAUGAAGAUGUUUACGCAGCAACAAGAUUAGCAGACUUGCACGAUUCCAUCCAGCAGUGGCCACAGGGCUAUUGCACACAGGUUGGUGAGAGAGGACUGAAACUGUCAGGUGGUGAAAAACAGCGCGUAGCCAUAGCGAGAGCUGUGCUGAAAGGUGCCCCAAUACUCGUUUUUGAUGAAGCCACAUCAUCACUUGACUCAAUCACUGAACAUAACAUCCUCGAUGCCUUAAAACGUGCUACCAGUGGUCGCACAUCAAUCUGCAUUGCACACAGACUCUCUACAGUCAUGGACGCAGAUGAAAUCCUAGUUUUAAGUGGAGGCCGUGUUGUGGAACGUGGCACACACGCCCAGCUUCUGUCGAGGGCAGAUUCACAUUAUGCUCGCAUGUGGGCUGUGCAACAAGACAAUGGACUGGGGACGGAGUUGCGGGCAAAAAUAGCAUCCAAAAACUAGAAGUGAAGUUUUGAAACUAAUGUGCCAACCCAACCCAAUGCAAUUUACAGGUGUGUGUGUGUGUGUGUGUGUGUGUGUGUGUGUGUGUGUGUGUGUGUGUGUGAGAAUCAAGUCUGUAUGAAAUGAGUAUAAUUUUCGAUCAAUUAAGAUUUAGUGACACAGUGGUGGUCUGCGGAGAUACCUUCUAGCUGUAUCUGAGCAAUGUUCUAUUUUGUAACUAUUUCUUGUAUAAAUUAUUGUGUUGUCAGAUAUGGUUAAUUUAGAGGUGUGAAUGACAGAAAUAUACAGGUACAUGAAA